GUGUAUGUCCCUUUGGUACCUGUCGCCCCCCCCCCCCUUAGGCAUCAGCUUAGUUUGAUUUUUUCAAAUCACGAUUAAAUGAAUAUAAAGAAUGCACUUACUAUGAUAGUCAAAAACGUGUUAUGACUAAUUUUGCUCCUCCCACUUGUUAUAAUUUGUGUUUUAUUGACAGAUUGACUAUCUUUUCUCCUCCCACUUCUAAUAAUUUGUGUUUUAUUGACUCAUUGACUAACUCUGCUCCUCCCGCUUCUGAUAAUUUGUGUUUUAUUGACUGAUUGACUAACUUUGCUCCACCCGCUUCUAAUAAUUUGUCUUUUAUUGGCUGAUUGGCUAACUUUGCUACUCCCACUUCUAAUAAUAUAUAUAAGCGAGCAUGUAAGGUAAAAUAAUACUUGUUCUCUGUUGUCUACUGGAACUUAUGAAAUAUUUUUGUUUUUUAAGCUUAGAGUAGAUACAUGACAUUUUAUACACUAUGUUAUGGAACAACUUAUGAAUGGACAUGUACAAUGAACAUUCUGAGGUCUAUAUAAUAAUUAUUAUCCUAGUUAAUGAACCGUUUACAAUUCCAAGCAUUUUUUAACAUAAUUGGAUAAUAUAAUUCUUAGGUUAUUUCAGGUGUACCAGAGUAAGAGAAACUUGUAGAUCUUUUAUCAAGAGUAACUCAUCGCUAAAUAAUAUUUCACCGUAUAAUGGCAAACAUGUUCUGUACACUAUAUUAUUCUUUGAUGAGAGUUAUGAUUUGCGACCAGAUAUAUUCCAUUUAUGCUGAGAUUCAAAAGGGAAAGUUCCUGAUGGACAAGAACAUCAAUAUAUCAUUAGCUGGAAGUCCUACUAAAGUAUACAAAGAAGAAAUAUCUCUCAUAGAAUGUAGUCUACGGCUUCUUAAUAACGAUGAAAUUUGUGUCGCAAGUUAUGAUACAGUAACGGAUAUGUGUAUGCUGUAUACGUCUUGUUUCUCUCUUUUAAUCGAUGUUUCAAAUACAGAAACCACUCUUAUUCACAGAGACUUAUCAGAUCUACGCCCACGUGACUGCAAUGACAUCCACCCUGGAAGUUUAUCAGGGGUAUAUACCAUAUACCCAACAGAUGAACAGUUUGAUGUUUAUUGUGACAUGGAUACAGCUGGACCAGGAUGGACUGUUUUCCAAAGGAGAACAGAUGGAACGAUCGACUUUUAUCAGGGAUGGUUUGAGUUUGAGAUAGGAUUCGGAAAUUUGGAAACAGAAUUUUGGUUGGGAAAUAAAUAUGUGCACCUUCUUACCUCUAUUGGAAAGAAAACACUUUACAUCUGUCUUGAAGAUUUUGAAGGAAAUUCGAGAUAUGCAGAGUAUAGUGACUUCAGUAUAGGAGAUGCCACAACAAAUUACACUUUGAAUGUUGACGGAUACAAUGGAACUGCAGGAGAUAGUCUUACGAUCAAUGGUACUAGAGACCACAACGGCAUGAUGUUUUCGACUAAAGAUAGAGAUAACGACAGAUACACUGACUACGACUGCGCACAAAAGUAUAAGGGGGCGUGGUGGUUCAAUGCGUGUCAUUGGGCAAAUUUGAAUGGAGCAUAUUUAGGUGGCCCGCAUUUGACUUUUGCCGAUGGUAUCGAAUGGUAUACAUGGAAAGGAUAUCGAUAUUCGCUGAAGUCUACUAAAAUGAUGUUUAAAUGACACUAAAAUUGACGGUGUUUCAUCUUUCCUUUUAAAGUCCCUAACGACAUUUAACCAGUCAUGGGGCAAAUUACAUUGCAAUGUAAUGCAUAAUAUUACAAUUGAUUUGACAAAUCCAUGCAUUAAUUUACAAUUACAAUUACAUGGAUUUAGCAAAGUAAUGCAUUAAUUACAGUUAAUUUUGUAAAAUAAUUGCAUUUAACUACAUAUUACAUUUGUAAAUUUUAUUAUCAAGUUAAAAGAAACAUCGCAUUGUUUCGAAAAAACAACAUGAAUACCCUAAAGAUUAUAACAUAUGCAGUAACUGUUCCAUGUAUUGAAUGUAAGUAAUCAUGUACAAAGUUUAUUCAGUACCACGAUUGCAUUUUAAUAUCAUAAGGAUUUAAAAGGUUUCAUCAUGAAUGAUAUUUCUGACUAUCCGACUGCUUUGGUUUUGAUAUUUCAAGGUAAACUAUCUGUGUAUCUCUUAAAAACAAAUUACAGAGAUGCAGUUUAAUACUAAUUAUUUCUGAAUGCUAACUUUACUUUUAUAAAUAUAUUCAUUUAUUUGUUUUAAUUUCAAUCAAAAUUUUAACUCAGCAUUUCUUUCCUAAAUUUGUCUUAUUAUAUAAUAAACAUACAUGUAGAGCUUAGUUUAUGAACAAUAGUCAAAAUGUGUACAGAUUAAUUGUAAAACAAACUAAUUAGUGUUUUGUGAUAAUGUUCAAUCGUCUUUUAUUAUAAU